GCGUGCUGUCCCAGACGCUGCCCGCGGCUCUCAACGCCCUGGUGCCGGACGUCGACUUCACCAGCUACAUCGCCGCCAGCUACGUCAAGCUGCUGGAGGCGGCUGGGGCGCGGGUCGUGCCCGUGCUGGUCGACCAGUCGGACCACUACUACCGCGAGAUGUACCGCUACCUGAACGGCCUGCUGCUGCCGAGCGGCGAGGCCAGCGUCCGCGACACGCCGUACGUGCGCGCCGUCAGGUCGGUGUGGGCCGUGGCCGGCAAGCACCCGAAGGACCACUUCCCCGUGCUCGGCAUCAGCCGUGGCAUGGAGAUGAUCGCGAAGGUGGAGCAGGACCGGAUACGCUUCGCCGACUGCGACGCCAUCAACAUGGCUGGGCAGCUACACAUAGAGACAGACGGCGAGCGCAGCAGCUUGCUCCGGGACGUGGACGCGCCGCUGCGCCGCGCCCUGGCCUCGGGCAGCCUCACCUACAGCUCCCACGGGCGGUGCCUGACGCCAGAGCGGCUGGAGGCCGGCGGUCUGGCCGAGGACUUCCGGGCGGUGGCGACCGGGCGGGACCGCGCCGGCAGGAAGUUCGUCAGCGUCAUGGAGCACAAACGGCUGCCGAUCUUCGGCGUGCAGUUCAGCCCGCAGAUGUCGCCGUUCGAGUGGGCCCGCUCGGCCGAGGUGGACGCCGUGCCUCGCGCGCCCGACGCCAUCCGGCUGUCCCAGCUGAUCGCCAACGCCUUCGUCGACGAGGCCCGCAAGAGCCGGCAUCGGUUCCCGUCGCCGGAGCUGGAGGAGGACUACCUGAUCUACAACUACGAGCCCGAGUUCACGGGCGUCGUGGGCAGCACGUACACCAGCUGCUACUUCUUCUCGUAGUUGCUGCCGGUCGAGGUCGGCCUUCCCGCGAGCCUCGUCUGUCGGAGCCGGUCGCUGAAGCCGCUGCCGGAGGCCUCGGGCUUGCCUGGCGGGCUUCUGCCCCACACCGGAUGUCCUCAGCUCUCCCUGCGUGCGGGCGUGACCGGAAAAGGCGCCGGGCUCUGCCGCGCAGCGUGGCUACCGCGGCCGUCGCAGCUGCCGCCUGUCGCCGCACGCGCAUUACCGCCCACUCGCUUUACGCUUUUUGCACCGCUGGCCUGGAUCCGGCAGAGCUGCACCCGUGUGGGGAACGUACCCCGGACUGCGGGCGCGUUCUCGGAAGCCACUGAUUGGCUUGCGGCCGACCUGAUUAAAGACGCAUUCUACUGCAUGUGUGAACAGCUCGCUGAGGCAGCAGGGGGUUGUGUGCCUGCAUAUGCGAGCCUAUGGUGGAAGCAAGUGCCAGAGCGUAGCGUUUAGCGUGGCGGCAUGGUCCACGCCGGAUUGCUAGGUGUUGCAUGUACUUUUAGCCACGUCCACCUGUGUCAGGCAGUCUACAGUCACUGCAGCCCCGGGAGGUAUUCGGAACGUUUGACGGUAUUAAAACCACGCGAUGCUGAAGACAGCCUCAGUCAAGGCGUUACUAUUUUGGACAGUCGUAUGAUUACGUAAAAACGGAGAUGCAGGAGACGAUGUUUUCGCGAGAACGGUCACAGCAAACUCGACAUAUAUUUAUAGCUGUAUCGCCAUCUUCGUAUAUAACGUUUAGCGUUAUGUUGUGCUUAUGGGUUGCGAUCCUAGCCCACAUGCGAAAUCAUGGUGUGGUUAUGUUAUUUGCUGCAUGCAAGUGUUCGUGGGCCUGGUACCUGCAUGCCUGUAUGCGUGUCAUAUUUUUAGGCUCUGGCUGAAUCAAAUACAAGUCACUGUGGUCCCUGC